CAUUAGCUGCAUAGCCAAGUCGGCAAACCUUCCAUAGGAAUACUGUGUCUUCAAGACCGAGUUCUUGACUCGAGCCGUUUGACACAAUCUUAUCCCCGUCAGGACAUCUCUAGCUCGAAUGUGGGGUGUGGGGUAAGGAGAUCUUCGCUCCUCAAGUGAGGAGAUGGUCACCGUUAAUGCCGUCUGGCAGUAGUUCGCCAUCUAGUAUAUCAAGCCUUUGCCCUGUAGAUCAUGAUGACCCAUUCUCAGUAUCUUUUUUUCCGAGUUCAUUUUUAUUUCAACGAUUAUCAAGAUCAUGGGAUUUUUACCAGAACUUCGAGGGAGAUCCCUCUAUGCACUGAUGAAGUUCAUCUGCGGAUGUUCAUUCAUGAUGUAUGGUUAUGACGCGGGUGUCCUAGGAGGGGUUUUACUUCACAAGCCGUUCUUGGAUGCCAUUGGAAACCCAACAGGCGUUUACAUCAUUCCUAUGAUAUCAUCUUCAUAUAGUCUUGCAGCAUGUGUAACUUCCUUCUUCGUUGCAUUCGUUGCCUUCAAGAUAGGCAGAAGAGGGACUAUUAUACUCGGCUGUGUGGUUGCUGUCAUUGGAAGUGUUAUCCAAAGCAGUUCUUACAGCGUUGCACAACUCAUUGUUGGAAGGAUAUGUACUGGGUUCGCAAUCGGUUGCAUCUCAAGCGCUGUUCCUACGUAUCUGGCGGAGACCGGCAUAGAGAUUGGAGACCGAGGGCCUGCCAACGCUCUUAACGCUAUCAUGCUGAUAUCUGGAGUUCCAAUUGCAUAUUGGAUUGACUAUGGCUUUACCAAGAUGAACAAUCAAGCGUCUUGGCGAAUACCAAUCGUGUUCCAAUGCAUCUUCGCAAUUAUCUCCGGUGUCUGCAUGUUCUUCCUUCCAGACACACCUCGCUGGUACUAUGCCCGCAACCGUCUCGAAGAAGGCGACGCUGUCCUCGCCCGCUUGAACGACCUCCCCGUAUCAUCGCCUGAAGUCCAACAAACAAGACAAGAAAUCAUGCUCGCCAUUGAGGCAGAGCUAGAAGCCACUGCAAGCCUACACUGGAAGCAAUUCCUGACCAUGGGGAUUACCGAUCGUACGCCAAUGAAGAUCGUUCGGAGGCUUUGCAUAUGUUUCUGGCUGCCCAUGAUUAGGGAGUGGAUGGGCAGUAGUUUGAUGGCAUACUAUAGCUCUGUCAUUCUCUCAAGCAUCGGCGCUCGCCCAUCACUUGUCUCCCUCCUUUCCGGAAUCCUCAACAUCUUUUUUGCGCUUGGCUGCGUCCCCCUCUACUUUACAAUCGAGCGCGUCGGACGCCGUUCCGUGCUCCUCUACGGUGCCAUGACUAUGACGAUCCUAAUAACCGUCUUCACGGUCCUCGUCGCUGUUCCUCCCUCGCCCUCAAUACAAUGGGCGUCCAUCGGCGUAAUCUUCAUAUUUCUCUUCGUGUUCGGAUACGCAUGGCAAGGUUGCGUGUGGCUAUACUGCAGUGAAAUCGCACCGUUGGAGUAUAGGCAUAUAGGCGGAGCUGCAACAGCGACGGGAGAAUGGCUCAUGACGUUUCUCACUGUGUUUGCGGGGCCGAUUGGGCUUGCUGAUGUGGGGUGGAAGUUUUGGAUUUGGGUUGUGAGUGGCAAUAUUGUUGCUGUGGUGUUUGUGUUCUUCCUCUGCCCUGAGACUGGAGGCAAGACGCUGGAGCAGGUUGAUUUCUUGUUCACGAAUCAGAAACUUGCUUUCAAGAGCUUGGAUGUUGGAGAUGUGGAAGAGCAUGGACAUGGCCGUGGGGAAGGGGAGAAGGAUGAAAAUGUGGAAGUUGAACAUAUCAAUUGAGAGUCACUGGAAGCCGCACCAACUCUAAGAGCUUUGAAAGUCGGGACGUGGAAGACCUGACAUUUCAAUUGUCAAGUAUAAAGACCAAAACAGACUUUCUGAUCAGUAUAAUCAUUCUUGGAUGUUCAGACAUGAUUUAUUUUCUCC